AUCAGUUUCAGUAAAAAAAGAAGCAGCAUGCAGCACAACGAGAUGAUUACUCGAAUUGGGGAAGAAAUUAAAAACUCUGGAAUUGAUUUCAAUCUUGAUGAUCCGUUUGAUGAUCCGUCUUUAUGUACUACGGCAUUCAUGGAUAUAAUGUUCCAAGAUGAUAAUGGAAAUUCUGCAUUAAUGAUGGCGGCUGCUGAGAAUCGUGUCCAACAAGUCAAGGGAAUUCUCACGAUGGCUAUCAAUAAUGGCACUUUGUGGCAGGUAAUUGACAUGCGGAACAACGAACGUCUGAAUUGUGUUGAUAUGGCUGUUCGUGCAGGAAGUGAGACGUGUGCAAUGUUAAUUACUAAAGUUGCCAGGGAAUACGCAAAGCAUCGACCACGUUCAGAAGUGGAAAAAAAGUUUGAUUCAAUGCCAACAACAGAGGAAGAUGUUACUAUUUCAUUGGGCCCAAAAACUGCAGAUACCUUUGAUGACAAUUAUGUUAAAGAGCUCGUGCGACAAUCAGAAUCGGCUUCUGGGCAUGCAGUUGCAACUAAAAAGCUGAGCCGAGAGAAAAUCUCGAAUAGUUUGGCGAAGGGCAAUGUAGCUGCAGUCCAAGGACGAGAAUAUCUUAAAAUGGUGAAAAGGUCAUCAUCUGCUCACUCAAGAUUAAUGUCUCAACGUACAUUCUCUGUGGAAUCCGGAUCAAUUGACUCAUCUGAGCCAUCAACUCCACAAUUGACAUCUCCGCCAGCUGAUCAUGGAGUUUUUUCGAGUGUUGGGGAGAAAAUUAGAAAUAUUUUCGGAAAGAAGCCUCCACUUCAUACGAAAAGUCUUUCCGUUGUUCAAACGGAUCGAAUUGCAGCACCAGCUGUCAGAUCUUCAUCAAUUUCCAACAAACCAUUGUCAUAUCAAACCAGUGGAAAUUCAAAUGAGGAGGAUCACUUGAGACUUCCACAACACUCAUCAUCAUCGGAAUCGCCACCAUCUGAAGGUCCAUCGAAUAGUGGAUUGUUCCGAUGGUCAUCAAAGGAUAAACCGAUGACCAGUACUGUCAGCACUGCUAAUGGUGUCCGUCUCCCUCCACUGAGCCUACGCCGUCGUACUAACAGUGAUCCGAAAAAUCGCGAUUUCACAUCACUGGGCGGCGAUGAGUAAUACAACUAAAUGUGGCAAAGCUUCUUCAUUGUUUGAAUAAUGAAAAACGAAUACAAACAACUUUGAAAUCAAAACAUUAAAACUUACAACAUUUCGUUCAAUAAAGUAUCAUCAAAAGAAGAAAACAA